AUUUUGUAGUUAUCAAGCCCGAAAAUGAUAAAAUUUUGAAGUGUUCUGAGAGGUUUUAGUUAAGCAGGAGUAUGUUCCUAUUUAAUUUUUAAAGUCGAUAUGUCCGCCAUGGAUUUACUUCAUAUUUUUCGAAAUAGUAAAGACUUAACUAAUUUAACCGAUGCUGUUGUUGCUGAGAUUGAAACAGGUGACUUGACAGUUCUUAAAUUGGUAGAGAUUUUGGGUCCUUGGUUGACAAAUACUGAUAAAAAUCAAAGGAAGCAGGGAACAUCUCUCCUUGCUAGUGUACUGAAAUUGAUUCCAACCAGAUUACUCCAGGAAAAGGAAUGUUUAUUUAUGGUUACAUUUUUUUGUAAUAGAUUACAAGACCACUUUACUAUUUCUCCCUAUGCUUUGGAAGGAUUAGCUGCACUUACUGCAAUGGAUAAUUUUUCUGAUGAAUCGCCUAUUGAAAUAAUUAAAGCACUUCAGGAGAACAUAACUUGUCAAGCUUUGACUCAACCACAAAGACGCGAUAUUUACUUAAUAUUGUAUAAUUUGUUAAACAAAAAAUCAAAAAAGAUUUCAACUGAUUUUCCAAGUGAUUAUCUAUAUACACUUAUCUCUGGAAUGGAUUCUGAACCUGAUCCACGUAACUUGCUUUUCCUAUUUUCUUUUUUGCCUAAAGCUUUUACAGAAAUACCGUUGAAACAUUUAGCCGAAGAAGCAUUUGCUGUUCUUGAGUGUUACUUUCCUGUUGAUUUUACUCCGGUUGAGGAGAAAGGAAACAUUACCCGUAAAGACUUGGCUAGGGGAUUAGAAGCUUGCCUUGUGGCUAAUCCUGCUUUUGCAGAAUAUUGCAUUCCUGUAAUAUGUGAUAAGAUGGAGAGUAGCCUUAAAGUUGCUCAAAUGGAUUCAUUAAGUCUAAUUAUUAGAGCCUCCAGCAGUUGGAACCUUGAAUUUCUUAAUCCUUUUAUAAAAAGGUUAUGGUACAGUAUAAAGGAUGUGCUAAUCCCUGGUAAUGAUCCUGAAGUUGCUUUGCUGGCAGGAGAAGCCUUAACAUCAAUACUUGGAGCUUUCUCUACAGCAGUUCUCUCGGAAAGUCUAACUGAAUCUCUAACAUUUUUGCUUGAUAGCAUUAUUUCAAGCACACAUUGUUAUUUGAGCAAUCCAAGUUUGUCAUUAUUCCUCCCAACAUUAAGACUACUUCACAAUAUUAUAGCUGUUUCUAGUACAACUGCUGUCUUCAUUCUACCAAAGAUAUUGCCACAACUCCUCGCCCUACUGGAAGUUAAUUCAGAUCAGAGUGAUGUAAUAUUAAAGGCUUUAUCUCCAAUUCUUGUUUCAUCAGUCAAAUUUGAUUGUUGGGAAAGUGAUACUUGCCAGGAACAUUUAUACAAAUUUAUUCCAAUUAUUCUGAAAACUAUUGAAGAUGACAAAUGCAGAGGGAGUGGUUUUGCUUGUUUGACUGCUGUUUUAAAUAAACUUCCUGAUGAUAAAAGAUUAUCACUUUACAAGGCUAUACCAACCAUUGCUUGCAGUGAAUCAUUCCAUUCUUGUCGAGAAGAAUUCAGCAGAUUUAUAAGAAAACUAUCUGAAGAAUACACCCUUGAAGUAGAAACUAAUUUAAUAUAUACCUUCAAAAUUUCAGAAGAAUUCAAUGCAACUGAAGUUAAAAAUUAUUUAGAAGUUCUUACAUGGACGGUUGACUACCCCCUGUUAACCGAGGCUAGUGGAAAAGUCUUAUUAAAUCAUAUUAUUCAGAAAGAACUUGCUUCUUGGAGAACUCAUGUAAUAUUUGUUCUCAGAGAUUAUCUCAAUAAAACUGAUGUUAAAGUACUGAAAUGCCUCAGCUCAGUGUGUGGCUUUCCAGAAAAAUUACUUCAUUUUUACUUUCAAAAUAUCACUGAGGAGUAUGGCGAAGUAGAAUCAGUUGCUGCCAUUGUGAUGAGAAUCGUCCAGUCAUUGGAUAUUGAGGAGCAGAGAACUCUUUUAAAAACUGGUUUGGAAUUAUUUGAUAAAAGUAUUGCAAUGAACGACUCCCCAUGUAAUCAGUUGGUUUUAUUGGAAGGCUUAGCAUGUGGUCUAAGAAAGGAUGUAGAAAUUGAAAAUUGUCUUCAUCUAUCCACAUGUCUGAUAGAAUACUCAAUUACAGCUCAUUCUAAUGUUUCACAGACAUCAGCUGCUAGACUUCUUGCUGUUUUUAUUAACAAAUUGAGCAAUGAAUAUGAACUGAGUAAAAUAUUAGAAUUAGCAAGAUUGAAGAUUAAAGCCAAUCCUAGUCCAUCAUCUGUGAGACUUUCUGCUUGGAUUACCAAAUCACUUAUUCUUCGGGGCUACUAUCCUCCAUGUGAUGACUGGUUAGUUGAGUUAUUUAAUCUUGUUCCUGACCCUGUAUUUGGAAUGAAUGCUGCAGAUUGUGUCUGUUUGCUUUUAAAAGAGUGCCCAUAUUUAUCUGAAGCUAAUCAUUGUAAUAUAGGGUUAUUAUAUAAGCAAAGAAUUUUUCAGAAGAUUAAUUUACUGAUAUCACAGGAUGGGAAGCCUAAGAAGUCUUCAUCUUUGGCUGUGGCACAUAUGUUAAAAUAUUCUCCAACAAUACUUGUGCUUGGAGUUAUAAAUGAAUUAACAGGUAUGAUGGUGCACUGCUUAGAGUCAGAUGAUUGUAGUAUAACUUUGGCUAUCCUGGAAACUUUAUCUUCUCUGCUGGAAGCAGGUGUGGAAGUCUUGUGUACAUUAGCAGAAUCGUUUAUACCAAGAUUUAUUCUUCUUGCCCAGACUUCAUCAUAUAUGGCUGUUCGCCAAGAAGCUCUUAACUGCAUUUACUUAUAUGGAAAAUAUGACUCCAUGGAUAUGCUUCCUUACAAAACCAAGGUAUUGGCUGGAUUGCAGAAGUGUCUGGAUGACAAGAAGCGACUUGUUCGUCAGUCAGCUGUUAAAGCAAGGACUAGAUGGUUUUUAAUUUAAUUUAUGUUCUUUUUAAACAAAACAAAAGUUUUAUUUAAUAAUUUUUAUUGCAUAAAGUGAUAAAUUUCAAUAUCAAAAACAAAAAAAAAGGUGAUUAGGAAAUAACUAUUUUGUUUUUGUUUUUCUGUUGUUUUAGUAUUUUUUUCAGACAUUAGUUUUGCUUAUUUUAAGUGUUACAUAUUAAUUAUUACCAUAACUUGUAUUUUGUAUCUGAUGUAAAGUAAUAAUUCAUUAUUUUCAAUUAAGUUAACAUCUUUAAAUUUUAGUCAAAACGAUAUUGUAAUUUUUUUUUUUACUUCAUGAAUGAAUUGAAGAGGUUACUUUAAGAUCUAAUUGAAAAUUUAACUUUACAAUAUCACAUGGAAUGUAUUUUUCUCUUUUGAUAAAUUAAAAGCAAAACCUUGGAAGAGAAAGUUUUGAUGAGAAAUUAUUGGAAAGUUCGAUUCAAUUUAGUUCACAAAAAUGAAAUUAAAGUUUGAAGAAUAACUUUUUCUUUUAUGAAUAUGUACCCUUUUGAAAGUGAGCUCCUCAAUUUUCAGACUUUUAGAAUUUUGUCAUAAUUGGUUUGUCUCUUGCAAUAAACUGAUAAAUAUAUUAAUUGUUGCCAUUACUAAUUAAUGUGUAACAGCAAAAUUCUUUCUCUUGUUAUUUUUGUUACUUUUAAUUUAUUAGAUUUUUGUUUAAUUAUAACAAUAUCUGCCUAAUUAGGAAUUGUAAAUUGAUAUUGUACUACUACUUGAUAUACUAUUGAACAUACAGCCUUUUAGUUGCCUUAUUUUGUAUUGUUGUAAAUAAACCAAUGUUUGUUAUUAAAAAUACUGUUAUUUUUAUAAUCUGUGAUAAGUUACAGGGUAUCAUUUACAAACAAAAUUAAUUUGAAAAAAUAUACUCAUCUUUGUAAAUUUUUCAUGUACCAAAUAAUUAUCUAAUUGUAGUUUGUGUGUGUGUGCUUAGUUCUCUCAAAAUUAUCCUUAUUACAAGUUACUAUCAGUUAAAUUGCAUUAUUUGGAACACUUAUUAUGUUAAUUAGUUUUUCCUCCCUGGAAAUUGAUAGCCUUUUCCUUAACUAAAAUGAAUGAAUAAUAGUAUUAUUGAAUGACAUGUUUAUUAUCAUAAAGCCAAUAAAUAUAAUAUUCAUAUAAAUGUUACACAAUCCAUAGACAAUGGAAAAUUCCAUUUGUCAAGGAAUGUGGGUUAUUUCUACAAAAUAUGUCCCAUUUUAUAUCCUUAACAAAAUAGCUGAGAAAUAUCAUUUUCACAGUAUUAUUAAUUACAUUUUGAAUUUAUUUUUUUUAGUUCUAGACUCUUUUUUUAAAUAAACAAUAU